CGCGCGCGGGCGAAUCGUGAAAGGAGGCGCCGAGGGGGGCAGCAGGGGGGGGCGCGGCUGGCGGCGGAGAGGAAACGCCAGAAUCAUGGAGGGGCUCUUGCAUUACAUAAAUCCAGCACAUGCCAUUUCACUUCUCAGCGCACUGAAUGAGGAGCGUCUAAAGGGACAGCUAUGUGAUGUUGUCCUUAUAGUAGGAGAUCAGAAAUUUCGAGCUCAUAAAAAUGUUCUGGCUGCCAGCAGUGAAUACUUCCAGACAUUGUUCACAAAUAAGGAGAAUGAGACUCAGUCAGUGUUUCAACUUGACUUUUGUGAACCCGAUGCUUUCGAUAAUGUGUUAAACUACAUUUAUUCUUCGUCCUUGUUCAUUGAGAAAGGCAGUCUUGCAGCUGUGCAAGAAUUGGGCUACAGUCUUGGAAUAUCCUUUCUUACAAACAUUGUUUCUAAGAGUCCUCAAGCUCCUUUUCCAGCUUGUCCCAUUAAGAAAAUACUGUAUCAGGAUGAAGAUGAAAGUAUCUCUCAGAAGAGAAGUGUCAUUGUCUGUCAGAACAGAAAUGAAGCACAAGGGAAAAGUAUAAAUUCAACACAACAUGAUUUAAGCCAUACUUCUAAACUUGCACCCUCUGUUGCUAUCAAAGCUAACAGUAGACCACAAGUAACAAAACCAACUGAAUCACUUCACAAUUUACCACUGACUGAAAGGAGGUGGCUGAAAGAAACCCCUGUGAGCUAUACCAGGCUUCAUGAAACUUCUGGAACUGUGGAAGAUCAGAGCAGAGGUGGUUUAGUGAAAAGGAAUACAGUAUUGCCUCAAAAGCCUUUAGCAGAGAAGGAAGUUGCAAGCGAUGAACCAGGAGGCAGUGGUCAGCUUUUAAGAGGAAAAGCUGCAGAGAUGCCAUUAAAAAGACCACGUCCACCAGUGUUGUCUUUGCAUGGCUCAUCAGAAUCUACGUUUUUGUUGCAAGAGUCAAGAAAAGGAAAUGGUCAAGGAGAAGACAGGAACUUGCUAUACUACUCAAAGUUGGGAUUAGUGAUCCCAUCGAGUGGAUCUGGUCCAGACAACCAAAAUAUUGACAGAAGUGGGCCACUUGUAAAAAGUCUCCUUCGAAGAUCAUUAUCAAUGGACAGUCAGGUUCCUAUUUAUUCGCCUUCUGUUGACCUAAAACCUUCACAGGUAUCGUCGUCCUCUUCACCAGGGACUAAUGAUUCCCAGGGGAAGACAUUUAAUGUUGUAUCUCAAAAGUCAACCGUGAAAGAGUCAUCAGAAAAGUUAGUUUUAGAUGAGAAACCACAGGUAAUUCACCCACAUCGCCUUAGAUCCUUCAGUGCCUCUCAGUCAACUGAUAGGGAGGUUGCUUCCCCUCUCACAGUGCGAAUAAAAACUGAACCUAGCAGUCCACUCUCGGAUCCUUCUGAAAUAAUAAGGGUUACAGUGGGAGAUGCUUCAACAUCUACAGAUAAAGACUUUGCUUUUAAAACUGAGGAUGAUCAUAGGGAACCAAGUAGACUUCCAGCCAAAAGGAGAUUUCAAGCUGAUAGAAAACUACCAUUUAAAAAACUAAAGGUGAAUGAGCAGGGUUCUCCUGGGUCAGAAGAUAACUUUGAGGAAGACUCAAGCCCUACGCACCUUGAUGCUGAUUUUCCUGAUUCUGAUGUCAGCAAAGAUGAAUACAGUGAGAUGGAAGAAGCAAGACCAAACAAAAAAUUUAAAUGCAAGCACUGCCUUAAGAUUUUUAGAUCAACAGCAGGUCUUCAUCGCCACGUUAACAUGUAUCAUAAUCCUGAGAAGCCCUAUGCUUGUGAUAUAUGCCACAAGAGAUUUCACACGAAUUUCAAAGUGUGGACACACUGCCAGACGCAACAUGGAAUUGUGAAGAAUCCCUCACCAGCUUCCAGUUCGCAUGCUGUUUUGGAUGAAAAAUUCCAAAGAAAACUCAUUGAUAUAGUGAGAGAGAGAGAAAUAAAAAAAGCUCUGAUAGUUAAACUAAGACGUGGCAAGCAAAGUUUUCAGGGACAGUCUGCUUCUCAAGCACAACAAGUCAUCAAAAGGAAUUUGCGAUCAAGAACCAAAGGAUCCUAUAUUUGUACCUACUGUGGAAAAACUUAUCGCUUUCUCUCUCAAUUUAAACAGCACAUAAAAAUGCAUCCAGGGGAAAAACCAAUUGGAGGAAAUAAGGUUCCUAAGCAGAAAGAUCAUAUUCAUGUUGAAAGUCCGGUAGAAAACAAAGAAGUCUAUCAGUGCCGUCUCUGUAAUGCUAAGCUCUCUUCACUUAUUGAACAGGGAAAUCAUGAACGACUCUGUAGAAAUGCUACUGUCUGUCCUUACUGCAGCCUUAGAUUUUCUUCUCCAGAGCUGAAGCAUGAGCAUGAAAGCAAGUGUGAAUAUAAGAAGCUUACUUGUCUUGAGUGUAUGCGCACCUUUAAAUCAUCCUUUAGUAUUUGGCGUCAUCAAGUUGAAGUUCACAAUCAAAACACAAUGGCUCCAACAGAGAAUUUUUCUUUACCUAUACUGGAUCACAAUGGAGAAAUAACUAGUUCAUCAAGACUGCCUCCUCAGUCAGAAACCAAUAAAGUAAACAAUUUUGUUACUGCAAAGGAAGAUGGGGUAUUCAGUGAUUCAUCAGAACAAAUUAAUUUUGAUUCUGAAGAUUCUUCAUGCCUACCUGAGGACUUAAGUGUUUCCAAGCAGUUUAAAAUUCAAAUCAAAGAAGAGCCAGCAGAUGAUAUAGAGGAUGAGGUCACCGAAGCCAGUAGAGAACCUAAAGAAGUAGUCUCGAACAAAGAUGCUGGUUUGUGGCCCUGUGAAAAAUGUGGGAAAAUUUUUACUGUACACAAACAACUGGAGCGCCACCAAGAGCUCUUAUGCUCUGUGAAGCCGUUUAUUUGUCAUGUGUGCAACAAGGCCUUCCGAACCAAUUUCCGGCUGUGGAGUCACUUCCAGUCUCAUAUGUCACAGGCUGCAGAGGAGUCCACAAAUAAGGAACCUGAGAUGUGUCCACCAGCUAACUCCCCGUCACCACCGCCUUUGCCUCCGCCUCCACCCCUACCCAAAAUCCAGCCAUUGGAGCCUGAUAGUCCAACAGGCUUGUCUGAAAGCGCCACUACUACUGAAAAAUUAUUUGUCCCACAGGAGUCAGAUACACUCUUUUAUCAUGCUCCACCACUCUCAGCAAUCACAUUCAAAAGACAAUACAUGUGUAAACUCUGUCACAGGACUUUCAAGACAGCGUUUAGUCUUUGGAGCCAUGAACAGACACACAAUUAGAUAGCUUUAACAGAUGGGUUAAAAAGCUGGCUCAGUGGAGGCUAUUUUCAGGGUCUCAGAUGUAUGCCAUAUAAACUAGAAAUCUAAGAGGAUCAAAACAACAACAAUGGAAAAAUAGGAAUUUGUGAUGCUGCUGGGAUUUUAAGAUUAAGGUAACUAACUCUGUUAGUAGAUAGAAGCCUGAAUAAUUUAAAAUACUGUGGUCUGGGAUCUAAUAGUAACAGAAUAAUUUUAAUUUUGUUAACACUGAAAUAUGAUCACAUCUGGAUUGUAUGCAUGGAUCUUCAUCCUGUGAUGUUGGUGUGUGCGUGUGUAUUAUAAAACUAUAUAUUAAAUGAAAGAGCAACAACAAUUUGGAUUCUAACUGUGAGUUUAUAGUAGUGAAAUACUGUAACCAAUUUAAAAUUUUUUUUAAGACCACACAAGCUCCAUAUAAAUAGUUGUUGAGCACUUGAAGUUAGGAAAGAAGUGGAUGGAGUAUCUUGCUGUAUUGACUUAGGUCUUGGAAAUCUUUAGCAAUAACAAAUAAACCUCAAGUUUGAGUAAUCCUAAUGUUAUUGGAUAUGAAUGUUUGAUAUUUUAAGGGGACAUGGAAUUUUUUGUUGUUAUAUGGAACUUGUGCAAAUGAAAAUAGAAUCUAAGGUCAGCAAUAUUAUUACUAAGAUUUUAUAUGAAAAAAAUAGCAGCAAGCCAGCUUUCAGCCAUUUAAGUUUCUAAGAAAAAAUUGGGGGAGGGAGGGUAUGUUGCUUUAUAUAAUGUCCCAAAGACUAAUUUACUAUAGAUAUUUCAGAGGCUACACUCAUUAUAUAAAUAGCCAUCAUAAUUCAAAUGGUACUCUUUAUAUAUAUGAACUAAGAUUGAAUGGAUGUCAGACAAAUUUCAUAAUUUUUUUCUGCUAUUUGUACAACUGUUUGUAAUUCUAACUACAAAGGAAUGUAUAACUAUUGAACUGAAAAAUGAGAGCUUGUUAAGGGAUAGAAGAGAUAAGCUGUGUUCCCACACAGUAAGAAGCUUGGCCGCAAAUACAAAGAUAUGUUUUAACAAAAAUUAAAAAUGUAAAUAUUUAUAUGGAUACCUGUAUAAAUGAAGAAGUAUGUAUUUGAAAUUUGUAUUAAGUAUGCAUAUCCAGUUCAAAGCAGAGGAAAAAACAUCACACUACAAUCACUGCAUUUUAUGAAUAUGAUGCAUAGAAUAUUUUUCUGCUGCUUUCUAUCAUUUGUGAUACUGUGUUACAAUUUUCUAAUUUGUUGAAAAUCGUGGUAAUAAUGGGCUACAGAUGUUUUGUGUGGCUCCAUUAUUUUACCUCAAAUCACAACUGGAGCAUUUAAUGUGACUAGGAUCAUAGAUAAUUACCAGAAGCUAUGGCAAGGGUCCAAAGUUAUUCUGUAAGCAAAAGAAGUAUUUCCCCGGAAGUAGAUGGUAAACUAACAGUGAAACAUUCUUCUGCUAGAAUUUGACUUUAAUAGAGUGGUGAUGGAUAAGAAUGAACAGCAAGAAUGUAAGUGAUGCCAAUGGUAUUUACGAUCCUGACCAACCUUGACUGGGAGAGGGAGAUGGAAAGGAUUGCAUUCCACACUACCUAGUCAGAACCCAGCCUGUGUUCGUGGAAAGCAGCAGGAGUCGGGUCACUGAUUACAGUGUGAGCAAGAGUGAGGCUUUAAUUAUGUAUGGAUCUAAUCAUGCGUUCCUUCAGCAUCCAAAACUCUCAGAGAAGUAAAAAGAAAUACAAACUCAUACUCAUUUAGCAAAAUUAAGCACAAGUGUAACUCUUAAGAAUAUGAGAAAGAGCAUCCUUAGUUAGACAUGCACAGGAGUAGCUUUUCUCAGUCGGAGCCCAACCAUUUUCUUCCUAAGCAGAUUUACAAACACACACACCUCUGGAUGUUAAGUUUUAAAGAAAUGACUCAGUAUGGACCCCAGACUUCUUUCAGCUACCAGAAAUUGGCAAUGUUACUUUCAAGUUUUUUCUGUUUUAUUGCUGAUGAAAAUCUAAAACUGUUACUAAGCACUUUGUAAUAGUGACAUGUUUUGACCUAUUCCAGGCAAAUUGUAUCUGGAUAUAAUUAUACUAAUAGUUAGAAUAUUGAUUAAACUGUGCAAGUGAAAUUGCAGUUAAAACAAGAUUCCUAUGUACCUGUGUAAAAGUGACAUUUCUGGAUGUUGACUUUGUUCCACCUCAUAAGACUAUAUUUUCUACUGACAAGAAAUAGUUCCAAUAUGAAAUGAUCAUUGCACUCAACUUGAUUUAACAAAAUCAGAAACACAUAAGCCAUGCUAAUAUCUUUUCAACAUAUUUAAGAAAAGAAACCUGGGUAUAUAAAAUCUGAAAAAAAAAAUUUUUUUCUAAACAUCAGUAUACCGUCUAAAAGAAAAAAAGCAACUAUUUCAAUUAUCAUAUGAUCAUCUAACUUCUGAUUGGGAUUCUACUAUAUAGCAUGAUGAUACAUACCAUGCAUUUAAAAUCAAAAGCUUGUGCAACAUCUUUGAAGAAACUUUGACCUUUUUCUUGGUAUAAGAUGUAUUAUUAAAA